CUUUAAAUUGGGAAUUCCAUUGUAAAAACUUGGCUUUUCUCUCCACCUUCCAAACCCCAUCGCCUUUCUGAUAUCUGUAGGUGAAAGGAGGGGAGCGGAGAAUCGUCAUCUAGCUGGGAAUUUUAUGGUGUUUUCUAUUGUCACGAAUACGCAGCGGUCGAAUACAGCUUUCCCUCCUACACCUAACAACCAUCAGGAAAGGUGAAAAAUGGAACAUAAAGAGGCAGGAUGCCAAGCUCCUCCAGAAGCCCCCAAACUUUGUGCAAACAACUGUGGGUUUUUUGGAAGUGCUGCAACUAUGAACCUGUGUUCAAAAUGCCACAAAGACUUCAUCAUGAAACAAGAACAGGCCAAGCUUGCAGCAUCCUCGUUCGGUAACAUCGUGAAUUGUGGACCAAAUGACCAUGGCAAGAAGACAAUUGUCACUUCUCCAACCAAGCUAGAAAUCAAACCAGCUGAGUCGUUCAUCAUUCCGACUCAAGCAUGUUGUACUUCCUCAAGUGCAAGCAGCACCACCGCAGAGAAGGUGAAAGAAAGCCCAAACAGGUGCAGCAGCUGCAGGAAACGCGUCGGUCUAACAGGGUUCAAUUGCCGAUGUGGAAGCCUCUUCUGUGCAGUCCAUCGCUACUCUGACAAACACGACUGCCCUUUUGACUACCAGGCCAUUGGUAGGGAGGCAAUUUCAAAAGCCAACCCGGUGGUAAAGGCGGAAAAGCUGGACAAGAUAUGAAGAAGAGGAGUGCAGACCCAAAAGCUGAGUUGUUAUAAGGUGCAGCACCCACCCACGUAUCUGUUUUUGUGUGUUGAAUGAAAUGAAUGUAUGAUGAUGUUUUGUUGGUUGUUGUUGUGUUUUUGGUGAAAGAAGAGGGGUUUGUUUGGUAAGGUAAGGUUUGUGAGACAUGUUUUUGUUACUGUUGGAUAAUCCGACGAAGAAAUGGCUUGUGAGUGUGUGUGAUUGUAGCCUUUGUUUGUAACCAGUCAGUCUGUAUGGAUGGAUUGUGCUAUGCUUAAAGUUUCUGCUGGUUGAUUUUGCCUUUUGCUGGAUUGAGAGCUAAAA